CAUGCUCGCGCGCGCUCUCUCUCUCUCACACACACACACACACACACACACACACACACACACACACACAUACACACAGGCGUACGCACAACACAGCUGUCAGACCCAUCCCCUGCUGGCCAGCUCCGAGCGCCCGGAGAGAGGCGGAGUGCUGAGGGCGGCUGCAGGAGGCAGUGCCUGGACCUCGUCUGCCGGGGAGAGACGGAGCCUGCGGCGGGUGCGGCUGCCGAGCAGGGCCAGGCCGGGCCCUGCCCGCAAGGACGCCCGAGCUCUUCGCCGGCCCCUGAGCCCGGGAGCCCACCAGGCUCUCUUGCUGGACCCACCAUGACUUCAGAGCCCACGUCGCCCCCCGUAGUGCCCCCACUCCACUCCCCCAAGUCACCUGUCUGGCCCACCUUCCCGUUCCACCGGGAGGGCAGCAGGGUCUGGGAGCGGGGAGGUGUCUUGGCUCGGGAUCUGCCCAGUCCUCUGCCCACCAAACGGACCAGGACGUAUUCAGCGACAGCGCGAGCCUCGGCUGGUCCCGUGUUCAAGGGCGUCUGUAAGCAGUUCUCCCGCUCACAGGGCCACGGCUUCAUCACCCCUGAGAAUGGAUCCGAGGACAUCUUUGUGCACGUAUCUGACAUCGAGGGGGAGUACGUGCCAGUGGAAGGCGACGAGGUAACCUACAAGAUGUGCCCCAUCCCACCCAAGAACCAGAAGUUCCAGGCCGUGGAGGUGGUGCUCACACAGUUGGCCCCACACACCCCCCACGAGACGUGGUCCGGCCAGGUCGUGGGCUCCUAGGCGGGGGGGCUCACGUGUCGGCCGCUGGGCGGGUGGGGAGCCACACUGGGUAGAUGGGCAGCAGCGGGCUCCGGGCCCCGCUGCGCUGGCCGACCCAGUCCCUUGGGCGGCCUCAGUGUACACGUCUGUCCGUCUGUGCUUGUGGCUGUGAGCGUGUGCCUCCAUCCACCCCCGUGACCAGUGACUGUUGUGUGAGCUGGACUGAAGGGGAGGCCACCAGACCUGCCUUCUGAUUGUCCACUCCUCCCCCUCCCUGCCACAUCUGCACAGGACCCCCUUGCCCUCCUGUCCACUGAGCCUCCAAGGGCCUGUGUCAGGCCUGGGCCUGGGAGGCAGGGGCACCAGUGGGCCCAUCGCCCCAGCUUGCUCCCCUUGCCUCUGCCCCAGGGACCAGACUCUGCUGGUCCUGACACCCACCCCCCUGGGCUGGGGUCUCCCACUGUGGCCUGUACCCCUUUCCUCAGAAGCCAGGUCAGCAAGAGCUCGGGGGGAGCCUCCCAGCCUCUAGCAGGGAAAGAGGGUACACUGUGGAGGCAGAGCCCCCUCAGCACCGCGGCAAAGCCUGCCUUCCAUCCGUGCUCUCCUCGCAGCUUACCGGAGAAGCAGGCAAGGAGCCGAGGGUCCUGGUUUUGCCGGCCACAGUCCCUCAUCCUCAGCCUGGCAAAGGCUCUAUGAACACAGUGAGGCCGUGUCCCCUCCCCUGGGCUGUGCUGAGCUGACACAGGUGUGUGGAGGGGUGGGGGCACAUUGCCCCCGGUGUGGAUGGAGCCAUCCCCUUGCCCUGACCCAGGCUCUGCUGAUACUCGGCCCGUGCCCACACACACCAGCUGCUGAGGACCUGGUGAUACAGACACAUGUCCCCUCAGGCAGGGCCGGGCAUGGGCACCCACAGGAAGGCCCUCAGCCUGCAAGACCCCAGCCCUGCAGCCCCUUGCUGGGUCCUCUUCCCGCAGUACAGUAGGUGGCUACUGCGCCCCCAACAGGCCAGUGGCCAAGGUGUGUGAUCCCAACCUCAUGAGUCCCUUAAGAGGUGUGGGGGGGGUGUGUGUACGCACUCGUGAGUGUUUACUCUUGGGUGGGGGGCUGGUCUGGCCUGGGAGGCUAGGACGGAGUGGCUUUGCCUCUAUCCUACCACCACUACCACCACCACUACCACCAGCACCCUCCUUUCCAGAAAACACAUCAUUUGAUGGGAAAAGAGAUGGGGGUCAAGGGAAGGUCUGCCAGGGACAGUGACCUUUUGAAGAUUGGAUUUGUGAAUGAAAUGGGCUCAAAUGCCCAGAAUGAGGGGGUGUCUGUUUAGAAGGAUCCCCAGCCCUGCGGGGGCCCUGAGGCCCCAGGGUAGAGAUCAGCUGGGGUAGGUUCACCCCUCCCAUACCCAGUCCCUGCAAGGCUAGGGGGCCAGAACUGCUGAGAUCCUGGCUGGCCCCCACAAACCGAGAAUGGCCCAGCCUGACACCCCACUGCGCUGGAGCUACUCCAGUAAGGCCAGAGGACUUGCCCCAGAGGAGUAAGGACUUCUGGCUUCCUUGGUGGAAGGUUUAUUGGUGUAGGUUAACUCCCGAGUAGCCAGCCUCCCCGCAGCCCACCUCCCGCCACACCCCCUUAAGGCACUAGCUGGGAGACAGGAUGUGGUGGCAUCAGCCCAGGGCCGGUUCGGGGCCAGAGGGCGCAGGAGGGCUCCUCCAGACCCACAGCCCCACAGCAUCAAGUCAGAGACCUUCCUGAGACCCCCCAACCGCCCGGACUACCCCCUUCCCCCACCUCCUAACACUGGCAAUAAACCCUCAACUGUGACUCA